UUAGAUCUGCUUGGGGAAUAUGCAGGAAGCUCUGGACAAUAGACAAUAGUCUUCUGGAGAGGGGUGGAAACCGUUUGGCCCAAAAGUAAUAGAAAGACGUAUUUCAUGUUAUGGUCGUAAUUCCUAUCUCUAUCAGCCUGUCAAACGUUGAUGCAGUUAUUGUGGUCACAUGACAGUUGUGUAAACCAAAGAGAGGAAGGAAGGGAUUUCAAAAGAACAUAGAGAACGAAAACCAGGGGCUUGCAACGCUGCCAGAAAAGCUAGGGAGAAGAAAUGGCAGCUGACAAGACAAUGAUGCCGCCUCGGCCAAAUCUAUUUGAUUUCCAUGGAGUUUCAAUGGUCCAUUAUUUCACGGACAACUGGGAGAAAAUUCAAAACUUCCAAGCCAGACCAGAUGAUAUCCUGAUUGCAACAUACCCAAAAGCAGGAACUACAUGGGUCUCCUACAUUCUUGAUCUUCUGUACUUCUCUCAGACACAGCCAGAUCGUCAGACAUCCACUCCUAUUCAUGAUAGAGUACCUUUCCUGGAGAUUACGUCGGUUCCAAACCAUCCUUGUGGAACCGAUCUGGCAGACAAUCUGGUUACUUCCCCUCGUCUCAUCAAAACUCACCUGCCGGUCCAGAUGGUUCCCAAGUCCUUUUGGGAACAGAAAUGCAGGGUAGUGUAUGUGGCCCGUAAUGCUAAAGACAAUGCAGUGUCUUAUUACCACUUUGACCGCAUGAAUGUAGUCCAACCCGAGCCAGGAGACUGGAACAGCUUUCUACAGAGAUUCAUGGACGGAAAGAUGGUUUUUGGAUCCUGGUUUGAUCAUGUGACUGGCUGGUGGGAGAAGAAACAGUCCAAUCCUAAAAUCCACUACUUGUUCUUUGAAGAUAUGGUUGAGGACACUGGACGAGAAAUAAACAAGUUGUGCUCCUUUCUUGGUUUGACCUCGACAACCAAAGAGAAGGAACAAAUCAGACACCAAUCGCAGUUUGAUAAUAUGAAGAAAGAUGACAUGGCCAACUAUUCAACUGUGGAAGUCAUGGACUUUAAGAUCUCUCCCUUCAUGAGAAAAGGGAAGGUUGGUGACUGGAAAAACCACUUCACCGUAGCCCAGAAUGAACAGUUUGAUGAAGACUAUAAGAAGAAGAUGAAGAAUACCAUGCUGCAGUUCCGCACUGUAGUCUGAUGUCCGGCAAGACUACUCUUGCAUCAUGAUUAAACCUGAGUGACAGAGGAGGAUAUGUAUGAUCUUUCUACAAGGACAUACAGUGUUUUUCUGGUCUUUAAAACAUUUGUAUGUGUAUAUAUAUAUAUAUUUAUAUUUAGUAAGACCAUGAGUCGUCCUAGACAAGCCGGGGUCACUAAUAGUGCUAAUCAUAAACCAAAUAAUAGUCAGAUAUAGGGCUUGACCAACACAGCCUCUAUUGUGGAAGCAUAGGAGCAUUCAAAUGUUGGUUUUUAUUAUGAUGGAAGUCAUGUAUUUUGUAAUAGUAAUUAAUCGUGAAAUUAUGAUUUGAGUUAAAUCAGCAAAUGUAUAUUUUCAUGUUAGAAUUAGAAUGUUAGAAUUAAAAUGUAUUACAUAGAAUACAUAUUUUCAAAAUGAAUAGGAUAUCUCUGCAAACCAAAGUGGAAAACCAACCGAUGUAAUGAGAUGUUUCUUGAAAGAUGGUUGCAUGUGGCAUCCUUAAUUCAAUGGCAGAAGAUACUCUAAUGAUAACCUUAUUCAUUUAACCUUGGUGUAACUUCUGUAAUUACAGACUAGCUUAGUUUCAAAAAUAUUGAACACGAAAGUUACAAAGAGUUGAACAUAUCCAUCAAUAAUUUCAUUCAUGUUUCUUUUUUACUUUCUGUAAGUAGAAAGUGAUUCUUGUUAAAGGCAUCAAAACGGCUGUGGCAUACAUGCCUAUUCCCCUGCCACCCCCACCAUCUUAUUUGACCCUCCUCUACGUCACAUAAACACAUUUAGUUUAAUUUACUGAGUUUGGACCCUUUAAAAACAUAAACCCAUUAACUUGGAAAACCGCUCAUUUUGCAGUUAGGCUACUCUAUUUUUGCACGUCUUCCUUCUUUUGUAAACUGCCAAAUGUCCCUGCCUGGGGUCAAUACAGUUGAAUCUUAUCUUA